GAUCAAACUACAUGCAUAUUUGAGUUGUAGGAAGGAGAAAGAGGAGCAUCCACCAAGCAUCCAUUUACUAGAUAUACAAUAUACCUAAAGGCACGCGACGUGUUUCACUCUAUCGAAUGAUUUUACAAAGUAAGAAUCGAGUGGAACGAGAAUUUCGACGAAAAUUGUAUUUGUGAGAAAGAACAAAAUGAUCAGUCCAUCGGCUCUGGUCACCAAGAAGGUGGCACUCUAUUGUCUUCUCCCCACCUCCAAGAUUACUUCUCGAGAGUCCCUCGCAUGCUAUCGUGUCAAAUCGCAUGCGUAUUAUCAGCUGAUACUUUAACGCGCGACUGACGGAACUAUCGUAGCUAUAUGUAAUCGUAAUGUGAACAAAGCUGGCUAAAGUUGGAUAAAGUUUAAGCAACCCUCAUAAACGCUCUGACAUUUAUAUCACACGUUAAUCGGUCACGUUCAUUCACGUUCACUUCCAUUAUUGUUCUAUGCCAGUUAAUACACGAAUACCUUUCGUCGAGGUAUUUUUUAUCGCAGUGAAGAAGACGAGAGGAGAAAUCGUUUAGUGAUUCUUCAAUCAGCUUUAUCGAUCGAAUAAUGCGAUCCAGUCUUAUUUUUCUACUCGUUGUUUUCUUUUCUUUCGUACAAUUCGUCGAACUUUGGAAUUUCGGAAAGGUACACAAAUCUCCUAUCAUCUUAAUUCCAGGAGAUGGAGGUAGUCAACUUGAAGCUAAACUCAAUAAAACUUCUACAGUACAUUAUCUUUGCGAGAAAGUUUCUAAAGAAUAUUUUAAUAUUUGGCUAAACUUGGAAUUACUUGUACCAGUGAUCAUAGAUUGUUGGAUCGACAAUAUGAAAUUGAUAUAUGACAAUGUGACAAGAACUACGAGAAAUCAAGAUGGAGUAGAUAUUCGAAUACCAGGCUGGGGAGAUCCCUUUGUCGUCGAAUAUUUAGAUCCAAGUAAAGCUUCUCCAGGAGCAUAUUUUAAAGAUAUCGGAAGUAUGCUAGUCGAUGAUUUAGGAUAUAUUAGAAAUAUUUCUUUACGUGGUGCUCCGUAUGACUUUAGAAAAGGACCCAAUGAAAAUGGAGAAUAUUUUGUUAAAUUGAAAUCAUUAAUAGAAGAAACAUAUUCUAUCAACAACAAUAUACCGAUAACAUUAAUAGCUCAUAGUAUGGGUGGACCCAUGGCUCUUAUAUUUUUACAAAGUCAAACUCAAACAUGGAAAAAUAAAUAUAUUAAUUCUUUAAUCACUUUAGCAGGCGUGUGGGGAGGUUCUGUUAAAGCGAUAAAAGUAUUUGCCAUAGGCGACGAUUUGGGUGCGUAUCUAUUACGGGAAAGUAUUCUUAAAGAUGAACAAAUUACAAGUCCAAGUUUGGGAUGGCUCUUACCUUCAAAAUUAUUUUGGAAAGAAAACGAAGUUUUGGUCGAAACGGAGAAUAAAAAUUAUACGCUAACUAAUCUUCAAGAUUUUCUCAUAGAUAUAAAUGUUCCCAAUGGAUGGGAAUUUCGCAAGGAUAAUGAAAAGUAUCAAUUAAACUUUACUCCACCAGGCGUAGUAAUGCAUUGUUUAUAUGGAAAACAAAUAGACACUUUGGAGAGAUUAUAUUAUAAACCAGGUACGUCGAUCGAUGGACGUCCUCAAUUAAUUACUGGAGAUGGUGAUGGUACAGUUAAUUUACGAAGCUUAGAAGGUUGUCUCCAUUGGCAAACGAAACAAAAGCAAAAAGUCUAUUAUCAAGCCUUUCCCGGUAUAAAUCAUAUGACUAUUCUUAAACACGCGGGUGUUUUGGAAUACAUUAAGUCGGUUUUAACAAUUUGACAAAGUGAAAAUAAAAACUUUAUUAAUAUUUAGGAAUUAAUUCUGAAAAUGUUAUAAGCAAAAAUCACAUAAUAUUUAAUAAUUGCUGCCAAACAAAAGAUAUGUCCAUGUCUGUUGUAAAAUAUUUUUAUACGUUAAUAAUUUUAUCUUUUUAAGCACAGUUUCCUUAUGGUUUAAAAUGCUUACUGCAUCUUCGGCAACUAUAUUUUCAAAUAUAAAAUAAGUAGCAUAAAAUAAACAAAGUAAAUAGUUACAAUUACUCUUAAGGAUUUAUCUCAGGUAUUAGUUUUACUCUCUAAAAGUCAUGAUUUAUUAGAAUUAUUUAAUAAAUGAUAAUCUUGAAAUAAUAAACAUUCAUUAAAUUUUGCCAUAUAUAUAUAUAUCCACACACACAUAUAUAUAUAUAUAUAUAUAUACAUUCUGUUCUCUUAAUUUGUGUAUUUCUAAAUUUCAAUAUUUUAAUAAGUCUAUCAAAAAUAAUUAUAAUUAGUCAUACGUUAAACAGUAGACGAACGUAAUAUACAAAGAAAUAUUCAUAUUAGUUAAUAUAAUAUAAAUUCUAGGUUAAAGGUGAUAAAAACAAUAAGUCAUAGAAACAUAUUCCCUUUAUCAAUACGUUAUGUACACUAUAAAUUUCAAUUUACACUUGAUCUAUCUUACAAUACAUCUAAAGCAAUUACGUAUUUUAGAUCAAUAUUUUGAUAACUACAAAUUGUGAAAAUUAUAUGAAAGGUAUAGAAAUUAAUAAUAAUAUUGGAAAAAUAAAAAUUUUUAUUAAUGUUCGUUAUAUAUCAUGCUAAUAUCUUUAUAUAUGAUUUCAUGUAUAGUAUUUUCUUUUAUAUUUUAGAUUUGUGUAUGUGUGUAUGUAUUUGUAUAUACAAUUUGUCAUACAAUGUCAAGCAUACAAUCUACAUAAUGAAUAAAUACACGCAAGUAUGCGAACUCGUUCCAUUUA